CGGCGCGGUCAGAGCCGAGGUUGCGGCUCCGGCUCCGGCGGAUCCAGAUCGAGGGCCAGAGGCCGAGACCCCGCAGGGAUGCUGCCCAUCACAGAGCACAUGCUGCACCUCCUGGGAUUGGAGAAGACGGCGUUCCGCUUGUAUGCCGUGACCGGGCUCCUUCUCGCCUUGCUCUUCUUCCUCUUCCGUCUUCUGCUGCAGUUCCUGGGACUCUGCUGGCGCUUCUACAUCACCUGCCGCCGGCUGCGCUGUUUUCCCCAGCCGCCCCGGCGCAACUGGCUACUGGGCCACCUGGGCAUGUAUCUCCCAAAUGAGUCGGGUCUCCAGGAUGAGAAUAAGGUGCUGGAAAGCAUGCACUACGUGAUCCUGGUGUGGCUGGGACCUGUCCUGCCACUGUUGGUUUUAGUGCACCCUGACUACAUCAAGCCCCUGCUGGGCGCUUCAGGCCCCCUGCAUGGCAGAGAAGUUUUGACAGUAGUGGAAAUGAAACAGGGGCUGGUCUGA